UUUGCUUUUCAUUGAAGGAACAUGUAGUGCUUUUGAAAUUUAGUUCUUGGAAACGUAGAUGAGUAGUUGACAUCGAAAGUCGUUGAAUUUCAAAGUAGAUGUGACGAAUUUAUAGUAUUUAUACAAUCAGUAAUUGAAUGAAAAAAAUUAUUUACCCGAAACACUUCAGGAGUGAGCACUCCCAGCAAGAUACAACUUGCGACGACGAUGCAACCCAACUAGUCCUCGAUAUUGUUCAGAAAGUCCUAGAGCCGGUGGUCAAGGAUUCACCACACAGAACAAUGCACACACCACGGCAGAACUGCUAUAUGAAUGCCAAUGUCAAUUACUUGAAUAUUGCAUCGGUCAACAUAAACUACAAGCGAUGGUCAAAUAACGAUUGCUCUGGACCACAACCUAUCAAUAGCGCUAACUACGGGCCAGCUCCUGAUGCUGGCUUGUUCACACAUGAAGAAAUUGUCUUCCGAACAACAAAAUAUAACAGACAUCCUCCAAUGAACUUUUGGGAUCAAUACAGUGACCAUUCGCAUGAAGAGCCAUACCCUCUUAAUGAUAACAGUAGCAACAACAGAGCUGCCUAUGUUACUAAUCCCCAAUUUCCAAAUCCACAAUAUUUGAAUAAUCGACCUUUUGUAAAGAACUCCUGGCGAGAUAAUCUGACAAACAAUCCGGCAUACAUUCCGGUUAAUAAUCCACAGCAGAGAACAGAAAACAGCUAUUUCCAAUAUAGAAAGAAUUGCAGAAAAUAUUGUUCUUUCUGCAGGAAAAAUGGGGAAUCACAUGAGUUUUACACAUCACAUUCACUUUAUGAAAACGGGAAACCUUCGUGUCCUGUGCUAAAGCAGUGUAUUUGCAAUAUUUGUGGUCAAAGUGGGCAUACGAUGAGUCAUUGCAGUCUUAACGCUUCCAAGAAUAGCAUCUUGAAAAUGAUACACAGAUUCAAUGCAAUGAAAUGAAUCCGCAUCCAUUAUGUUCUUGUACUCGCAGCUGAAGUAAAUCGCCCGAACAAAUGAUCCUUUGUAUAUUUUAUAAAUAUGUAUAAUUUUAUAUUUUCCAUAAUUUUUAUAUAUUUUCAACGAUUUGAAUUGUUAGAUGGCACUGGUGAUUAUUGAGU